AAUCGGGCAAGCCGUCGCGGUCCUAGUUGCAGGUCAAAUUCUGCAUGCGGUGUAUUUAACGAUCAACUAACCAACAACUCGACCGGUCCUGCAACGGAAUCCCACUCCCUCUGGUACACCUCCUCCCGCAACCCUCUCGCAUCCUCAACCUCUGGCCUCCUCUCGCCCUUCGACCCAUCCCUCUCCCUUUCCUCCUCCACUUCCCCAGACGGUCUGAUCAACAACUCACAAGCCACCAACCACAACACCACUGGCACCACCACCACCAGCAAUCAUCACGCCCAGCACAACAGCCGAAAUGCCUCCCGCAACAUCCAAGCCGCCAUCAUCGAGCGCUCCCUGCUCGGCCACCUCCGCGCCGACGAGACGUACAUGGAGCGCCGCAAGGCCAACGUGAGCAACCUGGGUAGUACCUGGCUGAAGCCACCGGGGGUCAGCAAGACGCUGUUCCAGAUGCGCGAGGAGGAGCGUGAGAGGCAGGAGCACGAGGAGGCGAUGCGGCGCGAGGAGAUGCUGGCUAGGGAGCUGGCGGAGGCGGAGGCUGCUGCCGCUGCUGUUGCUGCUGCUGCCGGUGGUGGUAAUAUCGGUGCUGGUGUUGGUAUUGGUGAUGGGAAUGGGACUACGGUGUUGGAGGAGGUUGCUGGCGUGGAGGGGAUAGACGUGGGGAAUACGGAUACAGUUCCUGGUGGUGCUGAUGGUGGUGACAUGGAGAUGAUGGAGGGUGGUGAUGACAUGGAUGAAAUGGGAGGGAGGGAUUUGGAUGAGGACAUUCCGGAUGCGGAUGAGGGUGGGUUUGGAUAUGAUGGGGCUAGUGACGACGAUGAUGAAGAAGAGGAGCAAGAGGACGAAGACGAAGAAGAUGAGGGGGAAGAGGAAGAAGCAACCACCGAACGCAACACCACCGUUGGCGAUCAUGGCAACGACGACGAAGACACAGUCGAAGCUCCCCACCCACCAACAGCAACGAGCACCGGCUCCUCCAUCCUCCACCCCCGCGGCCGCAACGACAACAACAACAAUCACCAGCAACAACAGCAACAGCGGGAGCUAGCCAACGUGCGUGCCAACGAAGAACGCAUGCGCGAGAUGAUGGCCCGAGGCGGUCUCCGGCCCACGCACAUCAACCUAGCCGACAGCGCCGCGGACGAAGACGAUGACAUCGACGAGGAAGACCAAGCCCACAUACUGGAGGAAGACGACAUCAUCGGCACGAACAACCACAGCGCAGGAUACGCUGACGAAGAUGAAAGCAUGAUGGACGACAGUCUAGGCAUGAACGCCAACCUGGACGAUGACAUCCCCGAAGCGGACGAGGAGCAUGCGCAAAGCGGUUUCUAUGAGCAUACCGAUUCCGAGGCGGAGCUUCUUGAUAGCAGCGAUAACGAGGGGGGACAAGAGCAAGUCAACACAGGCGGCAUAGCCAUAGGCAGCAGUGGUAACGGUAACGGUGGUAACGGCGGUAACAUGAGCCGCGGCCAUAGACGUGUUAGCUACGGGCCUGGCUCGGGAGCGGGAUCAGCGCAGGGCCAGCAUCGCCGCGUAUCGCUGCCGAGGCAGCAGCAGCAGCAGCAGCAGCAACAGAGGCUGUUGAGAACUAGUCUUACGGGAAGUGCUAGACGGAGUGCCAUAGGAGCGCCAAGGAGCAGUCUGGAUAUCAGUGGGCUGUUGUCUGUUGAUGAGAGCAGUCCCAUGAUGAGAAGUAGUCCAAGGGUGAGGAGGAUGCACUAG